AUGUCGCGUCCAGGCAGGUCUCUCGGCCUCCAGUUCCUUAUGGAACGUAGGGCUCGUGAAGAAGCAAACAGAUUCUAUAACGAGGCUGCUGCCGAAGAUAAUUUAACAAGGCAGCGCGCACAAUUUGAACAACGUACAUUAAAUCGUUAUCAAGGCGGAGAGCUCAGACGAAGAGCGCAAGAACGUGUCAAGAAAUACCAGGAUGAACUCGAGGAGCGUCGUAAUAAACUUGCACAACUUCUCGAAAAUGAAGAAAACCAAUAUUCAGUUGAAAUUCAAAAUACAGUAGAAACUCCAGCUAAACGUCGUGACCGCCUUAAACAACAACUUACAGCAUUAAGAACUCGUCGCCAAGAGGAACAUGAUAAAUACGUUGCUGAAAAGAACGAACAAGGAUGGCGUGAUUCAUGCGAUCCUCUCCGUCACCAGGUUUCUGAAGCACUUCAGCGCCAGGUAAUUAAGGAGAGAGAUCAACAAGUUAUUGAAAAGGAGCUUGAGCGCCAGAAAGGCGACCAGGCUGAAGAGCAAUACGCUGCUACAGUUAAGGAGAACGUAGCUAAAUGGAAAGAAGAGCAGGCUAACGCUAAGGACGAUCAUCGCCAAAAGUUAAUGCAGAACAGAGAGACAUGGUUAGCCCAAAUGAACGAGAAAUCACAAUUAGUCAAAACGCAGAAAGAACAGGAAUACAAAGAAAGCUUGGAAUUCAGAACUACAGUCGAAAGUCAAAUUAAGGCUGCUAAAGAGGCUGCCGAGAAGAAAGCCCAACAGCAGGCCGAACGUCGCCAGGAACUUGAUAAGCUUAACUCCGAACAGAUCGCUACUCGCCGUAAAAUUAUCGAAGACGAUAAAGCACUUGAUGCCAAAUACGCUGCUCAAGCUGCUGAAGAGCUUCGUCAACAGGAAGAAGAUGAGCUCGUCGAGCGCAUCGUUAGAAACCGCAAAGCAGAGAUGAACAGAAAAUUAUUCGAGACUCAAUUGAACAAGAAGGCCGCAGAAGAUAACCGUUCCGAAAUGUUCUUACAGCGCGCUCAACAGGAAGCUAACGAUCGCGAUGACGAACUCCGCCGCAAAGAUGCUGAAGCCCGUAGAAAACUUAUGCUCGAUGCCGUUGACGAUCGCAUUAAGACAAUACAGCUCCACGAGAACGAGAAGAUCAAGCAACGCCAGGAGAAGCUUGCUGAGACUAAGCGCCUUGAAGAGGAGCUCGAGUUCGAGAAACAGAUCGAACAGGAAGAGAAGGAACAGAGACUUCUCAGAAUCAAGAACCAAUACGAGAUGUUACAGGCACAGAGCAGAAUGAAAGCAGAAAGAGAGGCUAAGGAAAAGGCUGAAGAUGCGGCACGUGUAAAGGCAAUGGUAGAUGGAUGGGCUGCUGAAGAAGAAAGAAUUAAGAAGGAACUGGCAAAUCCAAACUUGUUCGUUGGAAAUAGAUUCCGUGGAAAUCGUUAA